UUUCUUUGCUCUGAAGUAAUUAAUAAUCGAAUCGAAGAUGGUGAACGCCACUGUUGCCCGCAAUAUCGUCGGCAUUAUCGGUAAUGUCAUCUCCUUCGGCCUCUUUUUCUCCCCGCUACCAACAUUUUGGAAAAUCAUUAAGAGGAAAACUGUGGAAGAGUUCAAGCCAGAUCCUUACAUUGCAACGGUUCUAAACUGUAUGUUCUGGAUCUUCUAUGGAAUGCCUUUUGUUCAUCCUGACAGUGUUUUGGUCGUCACCAUUAACGGUAUUGGCCUUGUUAUUGAACUUGCAUAUUUGGCCAUCUUCGUCUUCUUUGCUGAUAACAAAGGACGAAAGAAAGUGGGUGUUUGUCUUCUGAUCGAAGGCAUAUUCGUGGCUAUCAUUGUUGUCAUAACCAUGUUAGUUUUGCACGGAACCAAAAAUAGAUCACUAAUGGUUGGAAUAAUUUGUGACAUCUUCAACAUCAUGAUGUAUGUUUCUCCCCUAACCAUCAUGAAAAAGGUGAUAACGACAAAGAGUGUCAAGUAUAUGCCAUUUACUCUCUCAUUAGCCAACUUUCUCAAUGGUUGCAUUUGGACAGCUUAUGCCCUUGUCAAAUUUGAUAUCUAUAUGUUGAUAAGCAAUGGUGUUGGGGCAGUCUCAGGUUUUCUCCAACUUAUUCUAUACGCAUAUUACUCGGUGUGGGGUUCAAAAGAUGAAGAAAACACAGAUAAAGAACCUAAUAGGAUUCAACUCUCUACCAUGCGAGGACGAUGUGAAGUCUAAAGAUUCAAAUGUCAUUUUUAUAUAUUUCUUUUAAUAGGGAAAACAUUA